UCCACCACCACGUAACUAGACGCCAAUAGUUCAGUAUCUCGUCCAUCUCCUCCCUCCCCACGCACAGCGAUUGGCCCUAGGAGACACACGCCUCUGCUCUAAUUCGAGGUCACGCCCUUCGUGAGGCGCAUUACAACGUUAUUUUACGAACGAGAAGUCCGCGCCGUCCUCGCUGCAAAUCUCGCGAUUCCUUCCCGGACGAUGCUCAGGUGCCGGACACUAUGUCAAACGGCUUAAGACUGCGAGACAUGAAGACGCAGCAGAGGCGUCUGCGCUCCUGCAGCCCCACUAACAACUACCUACAGUAUCGCAACACCGUGCUAAAGCGCGCCAACAUCCUCUCCCGCCGACAUCGAAGCGCUCCCCUUCUCCCCCGUCCGGGUCGCAAUAUGGUGCGUGGAUAUAAUCCAGCCGCAGACAGUCCCAAGCCAUCGUCACUAAAUUCCUCUCCUCCGUGCCCGACACCUCUGGCAGACCGCGCCUCUCCAACCGCAAGCUAAACUUUACACUCUCCUUCUCCCACAUGUUCUAGACCCUCUGAGAGUUGCUGGCGAAUGUGAUGUCAGCCGGGUAGCGAACGCGGAGGUGGUCAAACAAACUACCAAGCAGGGCAUUGGUUCUUGGCCCUUCGCCCUAGCCCAGGCCGCUCAUCUCCCUAAACAGAAAGAGGAAGCACUUGUGGUCAGAUUGGAGUAUAAGAUUACCUGUUUUUGCUUAUAGCUUGGGGGUAAUCCCUAGGUAGUGUACGUGUAGAAAAGCAUGGUAAAGAUACAGGCUCUCAUUUAGGAGAAAUGUAGCGAAUAGAGCUGCUGCAGAGUGUCGCGAUUGCCGUGACUGCCAUAGCUACUGAAGCUGCUAAGAGAGCACUGGACUCGCUCGGUGCUGCGCCUUUAGCUAGCUGCACAAUCUGCGAGAAUAAA